GCCCCGAGCCAAGGCCUCCUCGCCAUGGAGGGGAUAAAGUUCCCGGCGCCUCCGCCGCCGCCAGCCUCCGCCGGUGCGCUGAACUUUGCCUGGCGGCGCGCAUGGCCGCGUCCACGCCGGGCUGAUGCUCUGAGCUUUUCCUCCAGCCCGUUGGGAGAAGCAGGAGGACGUCAAUGGCAGCCAACGGCUCCGGGGGGGCGCACGGCUCGCCGCUGGACGAUGGCUUUGGGGACGACCUGGUUUCCGACUGGUACAUCUACGAGACUGCAGAGCCGGCCGUGCCACAGGACAACGCAUUUCCCAGCGCAAUCCCAGACUGUGACCCCACCAUCUCCCCCAGGCUGUACCACGCCUGCAUGGCGCCCGUCUCCCUGGCCGUGCUGCUGGGCUUGUCCUUGCUGGUGAAACGCCGGCGUCUCCGCCGGGGCUGCUGGAACGGCGUCCCUGGGCUGCUCAGCCCGGCCAACUUUCUGGAGGAGGAGGGCAACCGCGGGCUGGUGGCCGCGGUGUUUGGCAUCCUCUUCUCCUCCCUGUGCAUCCUGGUGCUGGACCGUGACCCUCUGCCGCUCGUCCCCAACUCGUCCCAGCACAGCCGGGAGUACUGGAAGAUCCUGGCUUUGCUCUACUACCCCGCCUUCUACUGCCCCUUGGCUGCCUGCGCCACGGUGGGGCACAGGGCCGGCUACCUCGUGGGCUGCCUGCUGUCCUGGUGCCACUGCGUGGUGCACAUCUGGCAGAAGGUGGACUGUCCCCAGUCGCCCAAGAUAUACAGGUACUACUCCACGCUCUCCUACGUCCCCAUCAUCCUCUGCCUCGUGGUCUUAAGCCUCUGGUACCCAGCCCUGCUGAUCAGGAGCUUCACGGGGCACGAGGAGACCUUGGAUAAGGAGGUUUCAGGGCGAGGCUACUACAAGAAGUACCUACGGGCUGUCCUGGCCAAGCGGCCGAGGAAGGAGAGCCCCAGCAAGCUAGAAGAGAGCCUCCUGCACCGGGUCCGGGCGUAUCUGUGCUCCUACAUCUACACUCCCGAGGAAGGUUUCCAGCUCCCGCUGAAGCUCGUCCUGUCCCUAACCACCUCCGUCGUCGCUGUCUACCAGGUGGCCCUGCUGCUCCUGGUGGCCUUCGUCCCCACCAUCCAGAUCGUGCGGGCAGGGAUGACGAAGGACGUGGUGGUGCUGCUGGUCCAGUUCGGGCUGGUGCCCUCGGAGAACCCGGGCAUGCCAGGGGACAUGGAGAAGGAGCUCAGCACCGUCAAGCACUACCUGUGGUCGCUGGAAGUGUGCUACGUGUGCUCGCUGGUGCUGUGCUGCCUGCUGACCAUGGCCAUGCUGCUGAGGACGCUGGUGAUGCACAGGAGCAACCUGAAGGCGCUGUACCAAGGGGCCGUGCUCGAUGUCUUCUACAAAGCCCACAUCCUCCGCCCUUCCCGACAAGCCAUCGUCUGCUGGAUGAGCUUCGCCAGCUUCCAGACGGCUUUUGCCUGCCUGGGGCUCCUCAUCCAGCAAGUGAUUUUCUUCAUCUGCUCGGCUGCCUUCACCUUCCUCGUCGUCAUCCCGCUGCAGUCGGGCACCAGCACGCACCUCUUCAGGCUGGUGCAGAACAUGUGGCCCUUCUGGCUGACCCUGGUGGGUGCCGUCCUGGCGCAGAACCUGGCGGCUCACUCCCAGUUCCUGGAGCACCAUCCCCUGCGCAAAGAGCUGACCAACAGGCGAGCUCUCUACAUCGUCACCUUCCUGCUCUUCCCCAUCAACGUCCUGGUGGGGGUCCUGGCGGGGGUCUGGAGGAUGCUCAUCUCCGCGCUCUACAACGCCGUGCACUUCUGCCAGCUGGACAUCAGCCUGCUCAACCGCGGCGUGGAGACCUUCGACCCAGGUUACCACGCGUACUGCCACUACCUGAAAACGGAGGUGAGCCAGUCGCACCCGCUGAUGCGAGCCUUCUGCCUGCUGCUCCUCCAGCCGCCCCGGCCACGGGGCACCCCGCAGCCCCGAGCGGGGGACAGUGGAGGAAGGCAUCCAGCUGAUGCAGAGCACGAAGGCGCCGUCGGGAGGAGGUCGGCUGAGGCAGAGCCGGGCACGCUGGUGGCUGGCUUACACCCUGCUCAAUAACCCCUCGCUGCUGGCCUGCCGAAAAAACGCCCUCUGUGAUCCCACGGCCAACGGUGCCCAGCUCAGCCCCCCCAAGCCCUGACCUCCCCCCCGGAGAAGCCCCCUGCCUCCUCUGUCCCUCCCGUCCCCUCCUCGUCUCCCCGUGCCUCUCCUCCUGGGCUGGGAGGAGCUGGCCCCCCCCGUCCCUCCCCAGCAGUGACAGCACUGCUUUUUAGCUCUAGGUCCGUGCGGAGGCGAUGAGACAGCCAGGGCACGUGGGGCACUUCCCAGCCUGACGGGGGAGCAGAGGGGUUGAUGAUCCAAGCUGAACCCUCCGGGCAUCUCCAAAGCCCCUUAGGGGUCACUUCUAAGCCGAACCCACACCUCCUCCUCCCCAUCUCGGGGCACAGAGUGACCACGAGGAGCCACCCCCACCUCAGUGCCCUCUGCAGAAGGUCCCCACCACCCCUCCAAAGCUUCUCCCGUCCAGCUCUGAGCCUCUUUUCCCCAGUUUUGUGAAGGCUGAAACCCCUUGCUGCUCCCUUUGGGGCUGGAAGGUCGCAGAGCUUCUUGUUUGGGGCUCCCAUCGCCCGGCGUGCUCUCCUCAGGCUGUUUCCCCCUCCUCUACCCCUCUGUCCUGCUCCAUGGGCACCCCCAAGGGAGAUGUGUGUCCCCCCAAGCUGGGAGCGAGCCCCUGGAGCAGUCUGAUGCCCCCCUCAGCCGUGCCGAGCUGGGGAAGGCGAAUAAAUCGUGUACCUCCUCACUG